AUGACUGACUUGGGAAGAAUGAAAUACUUCCUGGGAAUUGAGGUCCUGCAACUUGAUAAUGGGAUUUUUAUUUGUCAAAGAAAUUAUGUGAAAGAGUUGCUAAUAAAAUUCAGAAUGGAGGAAAGCAACACUGUCUUAAAUCCUAUUGUCCCAAAGUAUAAGAUGCAUAAAGAUGAAGAAGGUGUGAAGGUAAAUACCACACUCUAUAUGCGGCUUAUGGGAAGCAUGAUGUAUGUGACAACCACUCAGCCAGAUGUAAGGUAUGUUGUUAGUUUGAUUAGCAUAUACAUGUCUAUGCCAACUGAACUUCACUUUGCAGCAGUCAAAAGAAUUUUAAGGUAUUUACAAGGGACCUUGAAUAUGGUCUCUUUUAUACGACAGGGGGGAAAUAGAGAGCUAGUUGGAUUUACAGACAGUAAUUAUGCUGGAUGUGUGGAGGACAGGAAAAGUACAUCCGGGUAUACCUUCAUCCUUAGUGAUGUAGCAGUGGCAUGGUCCUCCAAGAAACAACCAAUUGUUACUCUAAGUAUAACUGAAGCCGACGGAAGCUGUAACACCCCAUAUUUAUCUUAA